AUGGCAAUUGAUGCUGAAGUAAAUGCAAUGGAUAAUCAGAUUCCUAAAGCUUCGAAGCAUUCUGAUGAUUCGACUAUGACUCAGGAAAAUGAUGAUUUAUAUUCAACAUCGAAUACUCCAUGUCAUGUCGAUAGUAAUGCUUUGAUACAAGGUGAUCACGUGGAGGGGGAGCACUUGGAUUCGACUAGUACUAUUGAGGGGGAGCAUGGACAAACAAGUACUGGUGUAAAUGGGGAGCAUCAUACUUCGAAUACAACUAUCGAGGGGGAGCAUCAUCACACUUAUCCUAUUAUCAAGGGGGAGAAAAAUGAUACCGCAGGGGAAGAUGAUUAUAUGGUUUCUUUCGUCGAUAUCAAAUUUGAUCUUGAGGAGGAGAACAUACCAGAUCAUAUGAUUAUGUCUAGUAAGUCGUUCAAGAUUCUUAACUACAAACUCAGUUCGUUACUACAACUUCGCGCUGAUGUUGAAAGCCAACAUAAUGUAUUCGAAAUUGAAAUUGAUGUUAUGCUCAAGGCUCAGGAACUUCGGUUGAAAGACAUGAUGCAUCGAAUUGAUAAAAGCAAUGAAAUGCGUGUGAAACAUUAG